AUGAAUUCUGAGAAAUCUAGACCACCGAUCGCAGAAGAGAUUCUCACUCCGACGAAUCUAGCAAAAAAUCUCUCAGUGGACUUUGAGGGAGAAGCGGAUCAAGAGAAGAAAAAACAAGAAUUUGGGGAGAUCGAGGAGAAGAGAUUCGUCCAAUCGAUGCUCCCCACCCAUCACUCGAAGAAGGGAAAUCCCUCGUCUCAUAUUCAUUUACUUGGCUUUAACAUCACAUAUUACCCACAAUGGCUUCAGUUUUCUUUGUUGAGCGCCGCGAUUUUCGUCUUCUACCUUGGAUACGGUUAUAUGCAGGAGCUAAUAUUUCGAUUUGAUGGAAUGCAACCAUUUGGAUGGUAUCUCACACUCAUCCAAUUUCUCAUUUACAGCGCUUGUGGCUAUGGGGAAAGUCUCGUUUGGCAUGAUACGCAUCGAAGAAUGCCCCUCAAAAUCUAUACGCUCAUCGCUUUUCUCACAAUGGCCACAAUGGGUCUUUCGAAUGCUUCUGUCGGCUAUCUCAACUAUCCAACUCAAGUGAUUUUCAAAUGCUGCAAACUGAUCCCAGUGCUCAUUGGCGGGAUUAUUAUUCAAGGAAAACGCUACGGACUUAUCGACGUCUCCGCGGCAAUCCUCAUGAGUUUAGGUUUAAUCCUUUUUACUCUCGCUGAUAGCCGCGUGGCUCCAAUCUUCGAGCCACGAGGAUACAUAAUGAUUAGCGGAGCUCUUCUCGCCGACGCGGUCAUCGGGAAUGUGCAGGAGAAAAACAUGAAAAAGUAUGGCGCCUCGUCGAAUGAAAUGGUUUUCUACUCGUACUCAAUCGGAAGCGUGUAUAUUUUCGUGUACACAGUGCUAAGCGGCGAGUUCUUCUCGGCGUUUGCCUUCUUCUGGGAGAAUCCUUAUGAAACCUAUGGCUACGGAUUAAUCUUUGGACUACUUGGAUAUUUGGGAGUGAAUGUAGUGCUGACACUUGUCAAGGUGAGCGGAGCGCUGGUCGCGGUAACGGUGACGACUUUCCGAAAAGCGCUCACCAUCGCUCUCUCAUUUCUUCUUUUCUCAAAGCCUUUCACGCUGGACUAUCUCUGGGCCGGUGUGAUCAUCCUGCUCGCCAUCUAUCUCAAUCUCUACAGCAAAAAUAAAGCACACUGGGAUGGGAUGCUGAGGCGUUUUUUGCGGCAGUAUCUUCACAAAUCGAAACACCACGAAGUGGAUAUGGUU